UGUGCAGCAGCGAAAGUGGUCCGUCCUGUCAACGGAGGGAUGUUACGCCCGGUAACACCGCCUGUGGUCCGACGGAAAGCGGUUUCAUCGGAAAAUGAAGCGCUGGGCGAACAUCUAAAAUCCAAUUAAAAUACAAAGAAUCCUGGUGAACAUGAGCGGGUCCGUGAGAUGGAUUUCAGAGGACAUGGACCGACAAAUUGUACAGGCCGUAUUUGACGAGGACACGAUGUCCUCCACCUCGGUGGGGAUGUCGGAUUUGUCCGACGAGAUCCUGCUGUGCAUCCUCCGCCACGUUCCAGUGUGUGACCUGCUGUGGAACGUGGCGAACGUCUGCCACAAGUUACACACACUGUGCCACGAUAAGACCCUGCUCACAAACGUCAGCCUGUCUGAGGAGUAUCUGGCUGACGAUCUAUUGAUUCGGCACAUAUUAAAGCGGUUGGCCAAUCACGUGCAGUCUCUUAGCCUCAAUGGUUGCUACUGGCUGGCUGGCUCUACAAUGGAGCUUCUCGCUCGCUGCAGAGGAGUGACGCACCUCGAUGUCACCGGCUGUCGCCUCACUUCCCUGCGUCUCUCCCGUCUCCUCUCCUCCCUCUCUCUGCUCAGAUCCCUCGCUUUUGAUGUGACGCCCGGCUUCAACUCGGCUCAGCUCAGUUCGGAGGCCGUGGCUUCCCUGAGCCGCCUGUCGGAGCUCAGACAGACGCUGCUGACGCCGAGUUAUGGUGUGGUGCCAUGUUGUGCACAACUCCGCAAGCUGAUGCUGCAGUUUGACAUCUCAGACGUGACCAGAGAGGGGAUCGGUGUCUGCUGUCAGUUAAUGAUGGGUCAGAGCAGUGUGCCGCAUUACCAGCAGCUGGAGGAGUUCACUGCCAGGCUGGCUCCGGGGGAGGUGAACCAGACCUUGCUCCUCCUCUACCUGGCAGUGUUCAGCGUUCAUGUGCCGAAGCGUCUCAGAGUUUUCCUUGUGUCGAUUCCUGGGCCGAACCCGGCGCACUGGCCCGCCGCCCCCUCAUUGGCCCAGAGCUUGGGCCAGCGCGGGGACCUGGAGGCGCUGCAGCUCCCUCGGUCCUGGCUGGAUUCCUUGUCCCUGAAGCGAGCUCUGGAGGGAAACAGCCCGAAGCACCUGAGCUUCAGCCGCUGCCCGGCGCUGUGGCCGCAGGUGUUCCAGUCGCUGCUGGAGGGAGGAGUCAAAGACGCCACGCAGCUGACCAGCCUGAACCUCAGCGGGAUCAACAAGGUCCUGUACUCUGAGUGCAGGAGUGUGGAGGAUCAGCUGGUUCCCGCCACGAUGAGCCGGUUGGCCGUCGGCUGUUCCAACGUGAAACAACUGAACCUGAUGCACACGCACUAUCAUCACGAAAGCUCGCCGGGGCUGGGUGGGGAAACGCACCUGUGUGCCAGCUUGGCCAAACUGGCACACCUGCGCUCUCUCGCUCUGCCCGCCUGCGCUCUGUCGGACGGCUUGAACACGCAUCAAAUCACCACGAACAGCACGUCUCCCUCCCCGCUGUUCCAGGGCCUGAAGAAGUCUCCGCGUCUGGGGAUCCAGAAUUACCAGCCCGACGCGGAGUGCACCCUGUCGGGGGACAGCAUAGCGGGGCUCACGCUGCUCUUAGCCGGCUGCCCUUUUUUAGAGACCUUGGAGCUCAUCGGCCCAGGUUUUGUCUCCGCGCUGCCUCGGCUCGAGCCGUGCACUCGCGCCAGCGUGGAGCCUCGCGGCAUGUGCCCGUGGGCCCGGGGGGUCGGCGACGCACACUUGGCGGCACUUGAGGCGUUGCCUCGGUUACAUCGUCUGACUCUGGCCGGGCUGCCUGGCGUCCUCAGGGGGACGGGGCUGGUACAGCUGACCAGGCAGUGCAAAGACCUACAGGUGUUGUCCCUGGCCAACAUGGGAUCACUAAAAACCAUGAACUACACCCCUGCCUUGCUGGACACACUUAAACAGUGCACGCAGCUACGGGAACUCAGGUUGGAGCAGCCCUACCUGAAUGCCAGCACCUCCUUCUUUGAGGCUCUGUCCUGCUGCUCCCGUCUGCAGCGCCUCUGCCUUAUCUCCCGCGGCGGCGCCUUCGACCCGUCGGCCGUAGAAACCUUCAUGGAGCGUUGCUGCCACGUCGUCAUGUGCCACAUGUUCAUGGGCGGCACCUUGGUGGCUUGUCGCACUCUGCAGAAAGUUCUGCUCGACAGAUUUUCCACGGAUCGCUCGGCUCUGAGCGUGGUCAUCUAUCCGUUGCAGCAUGAAGACCUGUCGUCAGUCAUCAGAGACAUCCCACUGACACUGCUGGACAGGAUGACUUUGUUCCAGAGCCACGUGGCCCAACCCCCGCAUCUAUCCCCAUUGUGACAUCACCAGAAAGCUCCAGAGUGAUUGGUACGCGACGUCUGCUGCGAGGUGCUCCGACCCAUUUUAUUCUGCAGGAAAUAGAAGUCGCUCGUUGAAACACCGAUUGUCACCUGCACAGUGAUUUCUGUGUCAUUUUGUUUCACCGAGAACAGUUUCAGGCUGCUCGACAACAAUCAUCAUCAUCAUCAGAUUGUUUUCAUUUAGCUGACAAAGUAAUAAUGUUCUUCAAAAGGUAAUUUGCUGGGAGGGAGUUUAUUGUUCCUGGACAUUUCACAUGUGUUACCAUUUGGAGACUCGAAUGAGGCCCUUUCAAUCAUGAAUCAUGCCCAUUACUACACCGGCGGUCUGUUACUUUGAAAAUAAGUGCCAAAAAUAGAAAUGAAGGGAUGUAUUUGUUCAGAUACUUCUGAAUCAAAUGAAGUUGUAAUAAACUCCAUUGAAGUUA